AUGCCACCAAAAGGGAAAAAGCAACGCAAAAGACCUGCUACCGCGUCAGCUGAUGGCCCGUCAUCGCAGCGUAGUCGCCGUAGUUCGACCAUCAACGCUACAAUGGCGACGCGCAGUGCCAAUCAACCAUCUUCAGUUAAUACAGCACCGACGGCUUCUGUUCCUCCUGUUAGCGAUGCUGUUUCUACGGAGAUUGUUUUGCCGCCCGAGCUUCUCCAGACGCUGGUGUCCACAGUGACUGCCGAAGUAGCGAAGCAGCUUUCGACGCAAUUUUCAACGAUGCUUCCCACUCCAGUGCCAGUGGCAUCAACUGAUCAUCAACCAGUUCCCAAUUACAUGCAAGAGCCAAGUUCACGCCAUAAUGUUCCACCGUCACAAA